AUGCGUUUUCUUUGCGUGUCUUGUUCUCCAAACUCAGAUUCACAGUCUCUCUCGUCACCUCAAUCUAACUCCGUCUUUCAAUUUGAUUUCAACAGCUCUGGCACCGCGACUAAGAGAACCAAGAAGGGUGGUAUUGUUGGCAAAUACGGCACCCGAUAUGGUGCUAGUUUGAGGAAGCAAAUUAAGAAGAUGGAAGUCAGUCAGCACAGUAAAUUCUUCUGCGAGUUUUGUGGAAAGUAUGCUGUUAAGAGAAAGGCUGUUGGUAUUUGUGGGCUGCAAAGAUUGUGGGAAGGUCAAGGCUGGUGGUGCUUACACUUUGAAUAUUGCCAGUGCUGUGACUGUUCGGAGUACCAUCUGAAGGUUGAGGGAGCAGACUGA